AUGGCCACAGUUCCUGUCUACAUUGUCGUGCGCAGUUCCAGAAUGAAUUCCAGAACUCCACUUAUCCGCGUUCGGUCUCGACGUUUUCAGAAUCCGGAUGAUUAUCCAUUUUUUGAAGACACAAGCAUUGUGUGGCAUAUGGUGAUGAACCCUGUGUACGCUGCACAAGAAAAUGUGCAGGUGGCUAUACUCACUGCUGAGGUGGAUCGCGGUUCCCAGACGACUGUCAGGAUCGCAGAGAAACCACAAUUGGAUAUGGCCGAAGCCAAGCGGGAUCUGCGAAGGCUUAUGAUAUUGGAAAUGGGAGUUCUGAUGGAGGCUGGCGAUAUGCGUUUGAACUUUAUACCCGGCACAGGGGUAGGAGACGGAAAUGGUGAUAUGGUGAUCUUUGAUCAUCCAUUAGGGUUACAACAUGAGUGGAUCUGGUAUACUAUCAGAACUGUGCAUGCGCACACUGAUUGGAAGGUUGGAAGUUCAUAG